UGGCAUGAAUCUCUGGUGUUUAAGCUGCUCGUGUGCUGCACUUACAGUCACAGACAGCAGGCGGCGCUAUCCGUGGGUUUUUAAGCAUUGAUACAAAGUGCUGAAAGUAUCCAUGAGAAGAAUAACAGCUCUGGAAAAAGAAAAUUCGAGCUGUGUUUUUAUGAGAUGGAAGGAGAUAAGAUUGAAGCCAAAGGUAAGGUGGGCGAUCUGGUGAUGCAGAACCCACAAGCAUUGGCGGCUCUUCAGGACAGACUAGACAACUUAACACAGGGUCCUUCAGUUAUGGACAGCUUACCGCUGUCCGUCAGGAGAAGAGUCAACGCCUUAAAGAAUCUCCAAGUAAAGAGUUCACACAUAGAAGCCAAAUUUUACGAAGAGGUACACGAGCUGGAAAGAAAGUACGCUGCUCUAUAUCAGCCACUGUUUGACAAGAGGAAAAGCAUUGUAACUGGUACAGUGGAACCUACAGACGAGGAAUGUGAAUGGCAGAGCGAGAGCGAUCACGAGGAUGAAGAGCUAGCGGAUGAGCUACAGAAGAAAGCCUCCAUAGAAGAGAAGAAAGCGGAAGAGGGGGGCGCUGCCGAGGAAAAUCCCAAAGGAAUUCCUGAAUUCUGGCUCACUAUAUUCCGCAGUGUGGACAUGCUGAGCGAUAUGCUACAGGAAGCCGACGAGCCAAUCCUUAAACAUCUAGAGGAUAUUAAAGUGACGUUUUCUGGACCCGACGAACCUAUGAGUUUCACUUUAGAGUUUCACUUUGAACCUAACAGCUACUUUAAAAACACUGUCCUCACAAAAGUCUACAAGAUGAAGUCGGAACCCGACACGGACGAGCCGUUCUCCUUCGAAGGCCCGGAGAUCAUCGACUGUGAGGGAUGUGAGAUCGAAUGGCACAAAGGGAAAGAUGUUACCGUCAAAACUAUUAAGAAAAAACAGAAGCACAAGGGCAGGGGUGUCGUGAGGAUGGUCACUAAACAAGUGCCCACUGACUCCUUUUUUAACUUUUUCAACCCAAUUAAAGUUUCCCCGGAUAGUGAAUGGGAUGAGGACUCUGAAAUCACUCUAGCCACAGAUUUUGAAAUCGGACAUUUCUUCCGAGAGAGGAUAGUACCGAGAGCCGUGCUGUACUUCACCGGAGAGGCGCUGGAGGAUGAAGAGAGCUUCGAGGACGUAGAGCUCGAUGAAGGUGAAGAGGAGGAUCAAGAGGAUGAUAUGGAGGAAGAAGAGGAGGAAGGAGAUGCAAAGGCGUAACUCAUUUGUCACUUCAUGCAUUUCUAGAGUGGAGAAGCCCAACAACCUGCAGAAUGCAAACAGCAGUAACAGACUAGCGCCACCUACAGCGAGUCGGGUUCCUGCUCAGCGCCGCCUGAUCUCUGCAGAACCGUCCUCCUAACCAAACAGCAAACAUCAACAGAAUAACAUUGUGCAUGAUUUAUUAUUAUUUUUCCCUCCAAAAAAAAAUCUCUUACCAAAAACCGCUAGAAUAAAACAAUGAAAUUCUGUUCAUAAACUGUGGGUUAUUGCGUUCUGAGCAAACUGCCGAUUGGUUUAUGUUCUAAAAGUUUGUUUGUUUGUUUGUUUGUUUUGUUUGUUUUUAAUCCAGACACACAUUCCGGAGGCCCUUGUAUUUGGAAAGUUGGAAUGACAUUAAUUCCAAAGUUAAUUUAUUUAACCUUUUUGACUUGAUAGUUUACUCAGGGUUUUUUAUGCUGAGAAUACGUGCACACGCUCCGUUGUGACACCGAUGAUAAGAAACUGAUCCCACUUCAUUCUGCUUUCUUUGUUUUUCUGUUUUCGUUUUGUUUUGUCUUAGCAUCUUACUGUUAUUGUUGCUCCAGAAACGUUUUAGAUCUAUUUCAAUUUAUUCUGGUUAUUUAUGUAAACGUUGCUUUUUUAAAAACGGUGUUAAACUAUACGUAUUGUCCCUGUAACACCCCCCCGUGGAUUUCAGAGCGUGGAAGAGCCUCGUCUCUUCGCCCUGUAUUUCCUGUGCCCCUACCUUUAACUACAAUGUUGUUGCUUUACUGCCCCGAGCGCUUACUAAAAAAUUAAAUAUCAAAAUGACCAAAA